UUAACAAAUCUAUGGUUGCCUUUUGUAGCAGCUGGUGGCUCAAAAAUUAGUUGUGUUGAUGAUAUAUAGCCAUUUGAGAAGUGUUUGUUGAUCGUGUAUUUGCAGUGACAUUGGUAUUUACUGUGGUUUUACUAUUGAUUUUAAACAAAAUUUAAACCUAAAAUACAUAUAUACUCACAUAUAUGAGGAACCAUCCGUAAAUAAUGAACUCUCAAGGACAGGGACAAACGCAGCAGCAUUCUUCAACACAUUCCCUACUGCAGCAGCAAAAUCAUUUACCUAACAACAAUGUAGUUGGAAAAUCUAUCGAGCAUCAAUCUCUAUCAACUGUUGGUUUAUUGGAGUUGGCGCACCGUGAAUACCAAGCUGUCGAUUAUGAAAACGCAGAAAGGCAUUGCAUGCAGCUAUGGCGUCAAGAUAGCACUAACACUGGCGUCUUGUUGUUGUUGUCAUCAAUUCAUUUCCAGUGCAGAAGGCUUGAUAAAUCUGCACAGUUCUCAACAUUGGCUAUAAAGCAAAAUCCGGUGCUGGCAGAAGCGUACAGCAACCUGGGAAAUGUUUACAAAGAACGAGGACAGCUGCAAGAAGCGUUAGACAAUUAUCGCCGAGCUGUACGCUUAAAGCCGGACUUUAUAGAUGGAUAUAUAAACUUGGCUGCUGCAUUGGUGGCUGCUCGUGACAUGGAGUCGGCAGUUCAAGCCUAUAUAACAGCCUUGCAAUAUAAUCCUGAUCUAUACUGCGUGCGCAGCGACUUGGGCAAUCUACUGAAAGCUCUAGGUCGAUUGGAAGAAGCUAAGGCUUGUUAUUUGAAAGCGAUAGAAACUUGUCCAGGAUUUGCUGUGGCAUGGAGCAAUUUGGGCUGCGUUUUCAAUGCCCAAGGCGAGAUUUGGCUAGCCAUUCACCACUUCGAAAAAGCUGUCACCCUUGAUCCUAAUUUCUUAGACGCAUAUAUUAAUUUAGGAAAUGUACUAAAAGAGGCCAGAAUAUUUGACAGGGCCGUGGCAGCAUAUUUGCGUGCGCUAAAUCUAUCGCCCAACAAUGCAGUCGUACAUGGAAAUUUGGCGUGUGUUUACUAUGAACAAGGCCUCAUUGAUUUGGCAAUCGACACAUAUAGGCGAGCCAUUGAGUUGCAGCCGAAUUUUCCUGAUGCAUACUGUAAUCUGGCAAAUGCUCUCAAGGAAAAAGGACAGGUUAAAGAUGCCGAAGAAUGUUAUAAUACUGCGCUCAGACUAUGCUCAAACCAUGCCGAUUCCUUGAACAAUUUGGCAAACAUAAAGCGAGAACAAGGAUUUAUAGAGGAAGCGACACGACUUUACUUAAAAGCCCUCGAAGUUUUUCCAGAUUUUGCCGCUGCGCACUCAAAUCUAGCAUCUGUCUUGCAACAGCAGGGCAAACUGAAAGAAGCUCUAAUGCAUUACAAAGAAGCAAUAAGAAUUCAGCCCACAUUUGCUGAUGCUUACUCCAAUAUGGGAAAUACGCUAAAAGAAUUGCAGGACGUUAGCGGAGCACUCCAAUGUUAUACCCGUGCUAUACAAAUUAAUCCAGCAUUUGCCGAUGCACACAGCAAUUUGGCAAGCAUUCAUAAAGACUCGGGAAAUAUUCCUGAAGCAAUUCAAUCUUACCGUACAGCUUUGAAGCUAAAACCUGACUUUCCUGAUGCUUAUUGCAACUUGGCUCACUGCUUGCAGAUUGUGUGCGAUUGGACGGAUUAUGAUGUUCGAAUGAAGAAAUUGGUCAGCAUCGUGGCUGAGCAGCUUGAGAAGAAUCGCUUGCCGUCUGUACAUCCACAUCAUUCAAUGCUGUAUCCAUUAACACACGAGUUUCGCAAGGCCAUUGCAGCGCGGCAUGCCAAUUUAUGUUUGGAAAAAGUCCAUGUAUUGCACAAGCAGCCGUAUAACUUUUCAAAGGAACUGCCAAAAGAUGGCAGAUUACGCAUUGGCUAUUUAAGCUCUGAUUUUGGAAAUCAUCCUACCUCACAUUUAAUGCAGUCUAUACCCGGCUUACACGACCGCUCGAAAGUGGAGAUAUUUUGCUAUGCCCUCAGUCCGGAUGACGGCACAACGUUUCGUCUUAAGAUCGGGCGUGAAUCGGAACAUUUUGUGGAUCUUUCUCUCAUUCCAUGCAAUGGUAAAGCAGCUGAUCAGAUUUACAAUGACGGCAUUCACAUUUUAGUUAAUAUGAAUGGUUACACAAAGGGAGCAAGAAAUGAAAUAUUUGCCCUUAGACCUGCACCAAUUCAAGUGAUGUGGUUAGGCUAUCCAGGAACAAGCGGAGCAAGCUUCAUGGAUUAUAUUAUUACCGAUGCAGUCACUAGUCCCAUGCAAUUGGCUCAUCAGUACAGUGAAAAGCUGUCUUACAUGCCUUACACAUACUUCAUUGGUGAUCAUAAGCAAAUGUUUCCGCAUUUAAAAGAGCGUCUAAUUGUUUGCGAUAAGCAGCAGUCCUCUGUGGUCGACAAUGUGGCCGUUAUAAAUGCGACAGACUUAUCGCCGCUGGUUGAAAACACAGCUGUGAAAGAAAUUAAGGAAGUUGUCAAUGCGCAUAAGCCCGUAGAAAUUACACAUAAAGUCGCCGAGUUGCCAAGCACCACGCAGUUAGUGUCCAUGAUUGCCACUGGCCAGGUGCAAACAUCUUUAAAUGGUGUUGUUGUGCAAAAUGGGCUAGCAACCACACAGACAAACAACAAAGCAGCGACUGGAGAGGAAGUUCCCCAAAACAUUGUUAUAACAACUCGUCGUCAAUACAUGCUGCCUGAUGACGCAAUCGUUUACUGCAACUUUAAUCAACUAUACAAAAUUGAUCCACAAACUCUACAAUCUUGGGUAAUCAUUCUUAAAAAUGUGCCUAAAUCUGUUUUGUGGCUGCUACGCUUUCCGGCAGUUGGCGAGCAAAAUAUCAAAAAGGCUGUCAGCGACUUGGGUAUUUCAUCUGAUAGAAUAAUCUUCUCAAACGUAGCUGCCAAGGAAGAACACGUACGUCGUGGUCAAUUGGCUGACAUAUGCCUAGAUACUCCACUAUGCAAUGGCCACACUACAUCAAUGGAUGUCUUAUGGACCGGAACUCCAGUCGUGACAUUACCGGGAGAAACAUUAGCUUCCAGGGUUGCAGCAUCGCAAUUGGCGACACUUGGAUGUCCAGAGUUAAUAGCACAGAGCAGAGAGGAAUAUCAAGAUAUCGCCAUUCGGUUGGGAACGGAGCGCGAAUACUUAAAAGCCUUAAGGGCAAAAGUAUGGAAAGCACGCGUCGAUAGUCCAUUGUUUGAUUGUUCACAAUACGCCAAAGGCUUAGAAAAUCUGUUUUUACGAAUGUGGGAAAGAUUUCAUCGAAAUGAAGAUCCCGAUCACAUUUCUUUAGAAUAAAGUUUUAGAAAGUUUGCCGUGACCGGAUUAGUGAGGCGAUAUUGUGUGCUAUUUAGUUUGAUUUUCUUUGACAUAUUUAUGCAUGUUUUCGAUUAAAAUAUUUCUGUAUAAGAAGACAGUAGAAUAUACCUACUUGUAAAUUUACUUAUUUUUGAUUGAUUGAACAUGCUUUGACCUAUUAUGAUAAGACGUUAC